CUUUAGUAGAUUAAAACACUACCACUGCUUUCCACUUAUUAUUCCGAUCCCUUAUUUUUCAUGAAAUAUCAGUCCAUGUAAGAUAAUAAGAACUGCAACGUCAUUGUUUAAUCACAUUGUGAUCCAGAGAUUUCCGGGGUAAGACUUGCAAGAAUGUACUGUACAUUUAGAAUGUACUGAAUUAAUAAAACACUAUUUUCUCUAUGAAACAGAAGGAAAUGAAACUGGAUCCAAACACGCUUUUUUCACAAGUUGGGAAGAAUAUAUUUUUUUGCCUUUCACUAGUUCUGAUUGUGUGGAGCCUUCUGUCUCAAAGUCCAGGGUAUACAAUAUGCAUCACACAUAUAGUGGACUACUUCUGACCAGGGCCCUGGGAUGCAGACAUUGUCGACAGUAUUUACACUGGGUUCCGCACGAUACGGUAAGCAUCGUGGGCCAAAGUUCACCUCCCUGUCAGAAGGAAUAUCACAGGCGUCAUCUCGUUCCCAGACGACAGGCAAUGAACCGCGUACGUCGUGAAGGAAACCCACAGAACCAGAUGAGGCCUACGUUCCACGUUUCUGUUCAUCUCAGCAGGAAAGUUACCCCGACGUAAUCAGGUUGUCCGGCAGGCUCCUGCCACACGGCUGGGCUCUGGCUGGGGAGUGUUCCACCCUCCAUCCUGCCGAGCUGGAUAAUCCUUCUCUAAUAACGCCGCUCAGCUUCACUAACAGGUGAGGUUAUCUGGCAUGGAGGAACUGCCAGUCAGCUGAGAUAAAAGAGUGUGAGAGGGAGGUUGACUGUGUGAGGUCAUGAACUAAGAGUGCGGCCUAAAUUGUACCCUAUGCCUUACAACGUGCACUACCCUAUUCCCCUAUUACCUAUGGGCCCUGGUAAAAAGUAGUGCACUAUAUAGGGAAUACGGUUCCAUUUGGGACAGCCAUGAACUCUGCUCUCUUCUCCUCCACAGGAGGUCCAGGAAGCUCCCUGAUGAUAAGCCCCUGUUGGCCCUCACACUUUGCUGCCUGCCUGAGAUAUGAGACUAGAGGGAGGGAGUCAACCCAACGCAGAUGAAUCAUCGCUUCUAGCUAGCCCCUGGAGCCCUGCAGAGAGUCAACGAACAACUACCGGUGGAGUGAGAGAAAAGGGAAACUCCCGUCUGCGUGUCUGUCACACGGAACGAAAACAAACGUGUUGGACUGAGUGAGAGCGCGCUGUCGAAAUAAACGAGGCAACCAUGUCUGAGGGAGUUAUCACCAGAAUGGGUCUUCUUCUGCUCAUCAUCAGCUCGACAAUGGCCCAGGACUGUUCCGAUCCCUGUGACUGCCCGUCGGAUCCCCCUCCAUGCCCGUUUGGUACCAGCCUGGUUCUGGAUGGCUGUGGUUGCUGUAAGGUGUGCGCCAGGCAAGCUGGCGAGCCCUGUACCCUCCUGGAGCCAUGUGACCACCACAAAGAGCUUUACUGUGAUUAUGCAAUGCUGAGUGACACCGAGCACGGCAUCUGCAUGUCCCAGGAAGGCCAGACGUGUGACCUGGGAGGGGUCAUCUACCGCAGUGGAGAAACCUUUCAGCCCAGCUGCAAGCACCAGUGUGUUUGUAUGAACGGAGAGAUUGGCUGCGUGCCAACCUGUGCCAACAACGUGCUGCUGGCCUCUCCAGAUUGCCCGUACCCACGCCGCAUCCAGAUCCCUGGGAAGUGCUGUGAGGAGUGGGUGUGUGACCAGAGCCCUCAGGACAACCCCUAUCAGUCAGCCAUGGCUGUCUACAGAAAGGAGUCAGCCCACGUGCCGGUCCCGGUGGAGAGCCCCAGGGAGAACUGCAUCGUCCAGACCACCAAAUGGGGCGAGUGCUCGGCCACCUGCGGCAUGGGCGUGUCGUACCGCGUCACCAACGACAACGAGCGGUGCCAGCUGGAGAGGCAGACCCGUGUCUGUAUGAUCCGGUCCUGCCACGUGGAGCAGGAGAAGGACAUCAAGAGGGGGAAGAAGUGUGUACGGACCCCCAAGUCCCCGCGAGGCAUUCGUUUCCAGCUGUCAGGCUGCAGCAGCAGCAGGGUCUACAAGCCCAAGUUCUGUGGUGUGUGUACGGACGGGCGCUGCUGCACCCCCCACAGCACCGUCACCGCAGAGGUGGAGUUCCACUGUCCCGAGGGAGACACCUUCAGACGCAAGAUGAUGUUCAUCAAGACGUGCUCCUGUCACCACGACUGUCCCCGAGACAAUGACAUCUUCCUGGCUUCGCACACACGCAGGAUGAUCGGGGACUAUGACAACGAUAUGUAACCGACGUGGCUGCCGUACGCACUGCACAGAUAACGUUACAUAUACACACACACGCACGCACGCACACGCAUACACACACACACGCACACGCAUACACACACACACACACACAC